AUUAUAGAUUUUCCGAAUGCUAGCGAAUUUCUAAGCACAGUGGAUCUUGGAAGUGUUCCAUGCGAUGAAGACUGAUAUAAAUGUCGACACGAGUCUCAGUAUUCCUCAAGAUGUGUUUCCAUAUUCUGUCCAAGGCCCUCAACACACACAGUACAUCCCGUUAAUCAACCCCCAUACUCCCAAACGCUCUACGCAAGAAAGACGGCACGAUGGGGUCACAAUCACUUCCCGACGUCGACAUCGAGCGCGCGCCUGGCCUCUCCUACUUCACGCCGGCGCAGAACCCGCCCGCGGGGACGGCUGCUAGCCCUCAGUCGAGCGGAAAGCCAAUCCCAAAGCUCUUUCGGCCGUUGGCCAUCCGCGGGGUGAAGUUCCAGAACCGCCUUGGUGUUGCGCCAAUGUGCCAGUACUCGGCCGAGGACGGGCACAUGACAGACUACCACCUCAUGCAUCUGGGCAGCAUCGCCCAGCGCGGGCCGGGCAUGAUCAUGAUCGAGGCGACCGCCGUGCAGCCCGAGGGCCGCAUCACCCCGCAGGACCUCGGCCUGUGGAAGGACUCGCAGAUCGCGCCGAUGAAGCGCGUCAUCGACUUCGUGCACAGCCAGAACCAGGUCAUCGGCGUGCAGCUCGCCCACGCGGGCCGCAAGGCCAGCGAGGUGGCGCCGUGGAAGUUCAGCGAGGCCGUCGUGGCCACCGAGAAGGUCGGCGGCUGGCCGAGCCGCGUCAAGGGCCCCAGCACCGUCCCGUUCGACGCCAACCACUGCCAGCCCAUCGCCAUGACCCGCGCGGACAUCGAGCAGUUCAAGAGGGACUGGGUGGCAGCGACGAAGAGGGCCGUGGCGGCCGGGGCCGACUUCAUCGAGAUCCACAACGCGCACGGCUACCUGCUCUCGUCGUUCCUGUCGCCGCACGCCAACACCCGCACCGACGAGUACGGCGGCUCGUUCGAGAACCGCAUCCGGCUGUCGCUGGAGAUCGCGCAGCUCACGCGCGACGCCGUCGGCGAGCACAUGCCCGUCUUCCUGCGCGUGUCGGCCACCGACUGGGUCGAGGAGACGCACCCGGCCGAGAGCUGGACGGCCCAGGACACGGUGCGGUUCGCCGAGGCGUUGGCCGCGCAGGGGGCCGUCGACCUGAUCGAUGUCUCGUCCGGCGGCAUGCAUGCCGCGCAGAAGAUCAAGUCCGGCCCGGCAUUUCAGGCGCCCUUUGCCAUCGCCAUCAAGAAGGCCGUCGGGGACCGGCUCCUGGUCGCCACCGUCGGCUCCAUCACCAACGGCAAGCAGGCCAACCGGCUGCUGGAGGAGGAUGGGCUGGAUGUUGCCCUUGUCGGACGCGGCUUCCAGAAGGAUCCCGGGCUCACCUGGACGUUUGCCCAGCACCUGGACACCGAGAUUGCGAUGGCCUCCCAGAUCCGCUGGGGCUUCACACGCCGUGGGGGCACGCCGUACAUAAAUCCGUCCACUUAUAAGGAUUCCAUUUUUGAGUGAUUCUUGUUUGUUGGUUUUCAUGAUUCUGAGCGAUUAUUUAGAGCGAUACUGGUACUAGAGACAGGACACUUUAGAGAUAGGGAGGCAACUUUGGGAUCCCCUAGAAAAAUGCAUUACUCCGCUUGCAAGAGAUUUCUACUACCCUCUGAUCAUGGAGAGGGUGUCACUGUGCUUCCUGAAUGUACUACUAGUAACUAAGGGAUACAGUAACAUAAUAUUAAGGAAUUACGCAUCCUGCAUGGAUCACGCUGUCAGGGCACUUUCUUUCAUCGAGCAUACUUCCAUGCAGAGAAAGUCCCAGAUUCAUUAGCUAUCCUGAGGCAGUUUACUCCGUGUACAAUACAAC